UAUAGGGAGGGAAUCUUUGUGCUUAUGGGGUUUCCUUGGUUGGGGACUCUCUUGGGACCUUCCAUCUCAUCCCUCUCUUCUAUCCCAACCUUUCUCUUGCUCCUCUAAUUCCUUGUGAGAUUCUUGAACUUUGAUUGAACUUUUUGAGAUUGAGUUAAGUUCUCCUCCUACAGCUUACCCCCUAAUGCGUCGAAAGCCAUAGCGUCGCGAAUACUUUAUCACUCAACUUUUUUGUCGACGUCGUUUCUUGUGAAGACGACUUUUCUGUCUAGAAUUUCGGAUUUAUAUUUUGAGUAAUUCUAGCUCCUAAGUUCACCUAGACUCCGUCCUUAAUCCUAACAAGUGGUAUCAGAGCCAUAUUGAGGACAUUGAGAGGAGUCUACAGAAGUGUGAAGACCCUUCUAGACCCACCAUGGCCUGUGGGUGUGCCUAAGUGGUGUUCUAAAGGUUGGAUGUGUCUUCCGCUAAGGGGAAACUCUGCCGAAAUUUCGUGGACGCCGACACUUGUGAAAAUAUCGAGGGAGCUGAGUGUGGACAGCAAAGGGGAGCUGAAAUUCGUCAUUUUUCAAGGAGAAGAUGAAUGAGAGGGGAGGAGAUGCUAAUGGAAGAGGAGCUGUACCCGAGAAGACAAGUGAGCCGCCGCCAUCAAAAGUUGAAGCUUUGGAUGGCUCCAACUAUGAGGAAUGGAGCGGUUGGAUGAGGACUGCCUUCAAACGCUACAAGCUACUGAAGAUUGCUGUUGGGGAAGAGAAGAUGCCGGAGGAAGGCGAAGCACGUGAACGGUGGAUUGAGAAAAGCGCCGUGCUUUUCGACCUCAUCCUUCAAUCGGUCAACAAGGAGAUGUUCAAGCACAUCAAGGAUCUUGUGGAAGCGGAUGAUUCGGGUCCAAGGGCGUGGAAACUACUACGCGAUGUGAUUCAGCCCAACACUCUCCCGAUGGUGAUCGUGCUCGAGAAGGAACUUGCUGCCAUCUCCAUGCGACCAGGGGACGAUGUGAAGCCGGUCCUUGACAAGAUCAAUGACACCUAUGCAAGGAUGGCAGCAGAGGGAAGCAGUGUAUCUCAGCUGCAGCAGUGCACCAAGAUCAUCUCGGUGUUGGACAACUCUUGGGACAACCUCAUCCCCACCCUCAACUCUCAGCAAGAUCAAUGGACACCUGAGUGGCUAAGGCAGCAGAUUCUGCAGGAGGACUUCCGCAGACGCCAUGUGGGAGGUGGUGCUUCCACUAAGAUUGCUGAGGGGUAUGGAGCUGCAGGGCGCGGCAGAGGAAGAGGGGGUUGGAGAGGCCGAGGCCGUGGGAGGAGCUUUGGCAGAGGUAGAGGCCGAGGUGACUAUAAUGAGGGGCAUGGGAGCUCCAGUGGCAGGGGGAGUACCAGAAUGGAGGUCACCUGCUGGUACUGCAAGAAGGUCGGGCAUCCUUGGUUCAAGUGCUUCAGCAGGCCGGAGGGAUGGGCACCUCCAGGCAUGAAGCCGCCAAGUGGUGAACGCGCACAAGGUGGCGCUGUGCAAGGCUCAGGUGCACAAGGUGAAGGUGCACAAGGUAAUGCCUAUCUUGGGAUGUUUCUCAUGGUUGAGGAUAUGCAUGGGCAUGAGGGUGAUGUGGGAUCUGUGGGAAAGGUUGUAAUGCACCCUCUCACGCACAGGGUGAUUGAUUCAGGUUGCACCAGUCAUAUGACGCCACGGGCAGAUUUGCUUGAUGAGGUAAAACCCCCUGGGAAGAUUAAGUAUGUGGCAGCAGCGUCAGGUGCUUUGCUCCCUGUGAUUGGUGUUGGAAAUGUCAAGGUUAAGGGAGCUAAUGGGGAGCUUGUGGGGCUUGGAAAUGUUCUGCUGGUUGAAGGUUUGUCUGCUAACCUUCUCUCUGUGCGGCGACUGCAGAAGAGCAAGGCCGAAGUGACCUUUGGAUCAACCAGCUGCCGUGCUAAGCUUGGGAAGAAGGUGCUGUGGAGUCUGGAAGAGGAGACCAGCUGCAUCAAGGACCUGUGGCAGCUGCCCAUCAUCCCUUGGAAUGGGAAGACUCCAACAGCAGCAACGGCAGCAGCGGCAAAGGCAACAGCAGGAGGAGAUGCAACUGCACCAACUCAUGGGGUCAUGGAAGCAGUUAAGAAAGUGCAGCAGCAGCAGACACAUGGUGAGGUGCUUGCUGGUGUGGAUGCGAGUGCGGCAUGGGCUAAGGCUUCAUCAAGGAAUGGUGAGGCUGAUUGGGAGACAUGGCAUGAGAGGCUGUGUCAUGUGAACUUCCCUAUGCUGCAGAAUUUGGUGAAGGAUGGAAACCUAAAGGGCUUGGAGGUGAAAGGGGGAGUGAAGGAGAUUGGGAGCUGCCCUACAUGCUUGGAGACCAAGUUCUCCAAGUUCCCCUUCAACAGCACUACAGGACCAGCCAAGACCCCACUUGCACUUGUGCACAUGGAUGUGAUGGGGCCUACAAGAGCCCCUUCCCUCUCAGGCAGCCGCUAUUUCUUGACAAUUGUGGAUGACCACACUCGGGCAGUGUGGGUUUACCCUUUGAAGAGCAAGGGGGAGGUGGCAGCGGCUGUCCUUAAGGAGUGGAUGCCUAGAGCUCAGAGGGAAUGCGGACACAAGAUGAAGGUGAUCCGCAGUGAUAAUGGUGGGGAGUUCAUUGGAGCUGAUUUUGAGGGGGAGUUGAAGAGGAAGGGGAUCCAACAUCAACUAACAGUGCCCUACAACCCACAGCAGAAUGGCGUGGCUGAGAGGUUCAACAGGACCCUGCAGGAGGGGGCACGCACUCUCCUUGGGCGUGCAAGGCUGCCUGAUCCGUUUUGGGUGUCUGCACUGAGGCAGGUCGCCCUUGUGAAGAACAGGGUGAUGGCUACAGUUGGGGAUAAGGAGUGGAUCCCGUAUACCAAGUGGUAUGGGAGUGCUCCAGCUGUGAACAUGCUGAGGGCAUUUGGGUGCAUGGUGGUGUUUCAUGUGCCCAAGGAGAAAACGGGGAAGUUCGAGGCUUCUGGAAGAUGGGGUGUGCACUUGGGGAUUGCAAAGGAUCACAAGGGGUGGCUGCUGUGGGACUUGACCACCCAGAAGCUGACAGUGUCAAGGGAUGUGAAGUUUCUUGAAUCCCAAUACUACAAGGAAUGGAAGCAGCAGCAACAGAAGCUUCCAUCUACACCGCUCAUUGUGUAGGCAGAUGAGGUGCAGCGGCCUUCAAGACAGGUGGAGGUUGCAGUGUCUGAGGAGGAGAUGUCUGGGGUGACGGAGGAAGGGGGAGCAGCUGAAGUGGAGCAGCAGCAGCAGCAGCAUGAGUCUCCACCUCGAGUUCCACACCCGCCUGAGCGACCUAGGAGGGAUGUGCGCCCUCCGGUGAGGCUGACCUAUGGGGGAAGAGGCAAGCCGAAUGUGGUGCAGGCUGGGAGUGUGGUUGAGCAGAUUGAGGAAGAUGAGAUCGCUCACUGCUACUGGGCACCAAUCCCUGAGCCCAAGACUCGAGAGGAGGCCUUGAAUGGACCAAAUGGGGAGAAGUGGAAGGCAAGUGAGGAUGAUGUCACAGGAUCGAAUGUGUCGAGGAAAGGUUGCACUAUCGAUCAGUACAAGGCGCUUUUAUACUUCCAAAGUACAGUACAUCAGGUAACCCGGUUUAUC